CCCCUGUCAGAGUGUGCGAUCAAGAUCGUGAAACAACGCGAUGCAAAAAGCGACCUACUACGACAGCUCGGCGAUCUACGGUGGCUACCCUUACCAGGCAGCCAACGGGUUCGGUUAUAAUGCCAGUCAGCAGCCGUACCCGGCGUCCGCAGCACUGGGUGCCGACGGCGAGUACCACAGACCCGCCUGUUCGCUCCAGUCGCCCGCAAAUGCCGGGGGCCACCCCAAGGCGCACGAGCUGAGCGAGGCGUGUCUGCGCACCCUGAGCGGUCCGCCCAGCCAGCCACCGGGCCUGGGCGAGCUGCCCCUGGCCCCGCCGCCGCCGCCUCAGGCCGCGCCCCCUGCCCCACCGCAGCCGCAACCCCCGCCGCAGCCCCCUGCGCCUGCCCCUGCCGCGCCCCCGCCCCCCUCGUCAGUCUCCCCCCCUCAAAAUGGCAGCAGCAACCCCACCCCCGCCAGCGCAGCCAAGAGCCCCCUACUCAACUCGCCCACCGUGGCCAAACAAAUCUUCCCCUGGAUGAAAGAGUCUCGGCAAAACACAAAGCAGAAAACCAGCGGCUCCAGCUCAGGGGAGAGCUGUGCAGGUGACAAGAGCCCACCUGGGCAGGCGUCGUCCAAGAGGGCGCGCACGGCCUACACGAGUGCUCAGCUGGUGGAGCUAGAGAAGGAAUUUCACUUCAACCGCUACCUGUGCCGGCCGCGCCGGGUGGAGAUGGCCAACCUGCUGAACCUCACUGAGCGCCAGAUCAAGAUCUGGUUCCAGAAUCGCCGCAUGAAGUACAAGAAGGAUCAGAAGGGCAAGGGCAUGCUGACAUCAUCAGGGGGCCAGUCCCCAAGUCGCAGUCCCGUGCCGCCCGGCGCUGGCGGUUAUCUUAACUCUAUGCAUUCGCUGGUUAACAGCGUCCCGUACGAGCCCCAGUCGCCCUCGCCUUUCUCCAAGCCCCCCCAGGGUGCCUACGGGCUGCCCCCCGCCUCCUAUCCCGCACCCCUGCCCAGCUGCGCGCCCCCGCCGCCCCCGCAGAAGCGCUACCCCGCGACAGGGGCGGGCGCGGGGGGCACACCCAACUAUGAUCCGCACGCGCAUGGCCUGCAGGGCAACGGCAGCUAUGGGACUCCACACUUACAGGGAAGCCCCGUCUUCGUUGGGGGCAGCUAUGUGGAGCCCAUGAGCAACUCUGGCCCGCCCCUCUUUGGCCUAACUCACCUCCCCCACGCCGCCUCGGCUGCCAUGGACUACGGGGGUGCUGGGCCGCUGGGCAGUGGCCACCAUCAUGGGCCCGGGCCGGGGGAGCCGCACCCCACCUACACGGACCUUACCGCCCACCAUCCUUCUCAGGGAAGAAUUCAGGAAGCCCCCAAGCUCACCCAUCUGUGAUGGUGGGCUCGGGGCUGCGCGCCAGGAGAGUCCCCACCCCACCCCCGCUACCUACCUUUCUUCUUCGUUUGCUUUUUUUGUUUUGUUUGUUUAAGGUUCUUCCCGCCCCUCCCUUUUCUCUCUCCUCCGCCCCCAAUCUCCCCCCCCGUUUUGUUUUCUUUGGUAACAUGUUUUUAUAGUUUAUGUGACGUAGCAAUCUUGGUUGCUGGAAUGGCUGUCAGUAUCAGUAGCGAUAUUUAUCUCCUCCCGCCCCUCGCUCGGCCGCUGGCCCUGCACCUUUACCUUCUCUACUCUUUGAUCAGAAACAGGGUAUAUGAACAAAUUUUCUAGCCAAGUUCUUUGAUGUGAAUUUGUUCGUACAUUAUGGCUCCCGAGGGGAAGCGAUUACUUUUUUUUUUAGUUUUUAGUAUUUUUUUUAAUUGCACUUCUUGUAAAGAGCGAGAAAAAAAUCAAAGGCGCUUUGAAACAGGGGCUCCCUGUGCAAGGAUGACUAAGUGUACGUCUUUCCGUGUGUGUAUGCUGGUGAACAGUCAGAUUUAUUUAUAUUUUUUUUGCAAGCAUUGAAUAAGUUUUAAAUAUUAUUUAUCCCCAUCCGUUCGUAUUUAUAUUAAAGAAAUUCUGUACCCUGAUUGUUCAGAAGGUUUCUUGGGCCUUUUGUUCAAUGGUGUAUUGGCGUACGUUGAAAAAAUUUUAUUCGAAAGGGAAAUAGAAUUCCUUUAUAAAAACAGUAACGAUGCAAUAAUACCAGAGAGGAUCCAGCUUCUGAAAACAGUGAUUUAGGUUUGUAACAUCAAGCGAAACUGAAAAAAAAAAUAUGUAAACGCGAAAAACGCUAGGUUUGUUUUGAGAGUUCUACAUUCCUUGCUGCUCACGUUCUGAGAAACAAAACAAAAAAAUAAAAUAAAGUUUCUAUUCUGAAUAAUAUCCGUGUUCAGAAGGGAUUCUUUGGCCGAAGAUAAGGGUCUGCGUGGAGUCCAGGCAGAGGCUAACUGGCGGAGCAGGCCGCGGCAGCCCUCCAGCUCCGGCUUGAGGCCUGGCCAGGCGGCUCGCCCAGGAGCGCGGCGAAUCCUCGGGAAGGCAGCCGGAGCUUCUCGCGGCCGCAGUUCUGGAAACGCUGAGCUGCCUGCCCGCUGGGCUGCCCGGUCCCCAGCUGCCACCGAGGCCGGCCGCGCGCGCAGGGGCUGCGGAGUGCUGAGUGCGGGAGGAACAAAGGCAGCCCGGCUGAGGCACGGUGGGGGGCGCACAGGUGCCCGGGCAGCUCCGCUGGGGGAUAAGGUAGGGCUAUCUUCUGCUCCACCAUCUUCCUCCGGUCAAAGCGGACCAGCCAAAGCCUUAACCCGGGGAAUCGCCGGCGGCGCGGAGGAUGCCGAGCACUUUCUAGGAGCAACUGGCCUCUCCGCGGAUGCUUCGCUGUCCCUUAUCGCGCCCGGAGGAAAGAAUCACUCCUAAAAUCGCCACUGGGAGCGGGGCGGCUCGGAAGAGACUGAGGCUCACCCAGGUCUCCAGCAAAAGAAGGGCUGAACUCCAAGGAGCCUCCCCGAGUCCUUCCAUGGACUGCUUGAGUCCCAGCAUUGGCUUCUUCCCGGAAAAUAGGAUUUGGCAUACUCUGGAUUUAUUUCCUCUCCUUCUUCCCUCCCUGCUUUCCUUUUAUGGCCCCAGGGGGAGGGGGAGAGAGAAAGGAGAUUGGUAUCUUUCUAAUAAAAAUGCAGUUUUACAAGUACUUCUUUUAUUUGAUGCUACAGGAGCUAAACAUUACAUUCCUACUGCUGGAUUUAAGAUAGAGCUGCCUACUGACUGGCUGGCAGAGGCAAAGGCAGGCACAGGAAAGGGAAAUAUUUUCAUCUUCAGAUUAAAGAAUUGCUCGGAGAAGAAACCAAAAUCCGAAAGCGCAAACCUCAGAACUACAUCCCCAUCAGCAGCCCCCCUCUCAAAGCUGGAAGUGAGGAACCACCUGUGUCUGGGGAUCAGGAGCAUCUGAUGUGAGAAAUAAAUCCCCCAUCUCCCUGGAUUGUAUCCUUUCGGAGGCAGAGAUGGGAAAUGUCGCCAUUUUGUUUGCAAUCCAAAAUAUACAUAAUCAUGGCCUCUAUCUUUCCCCUGAGAAGCUCCUGAAGAUGAGCUUUAAAAACAGGCAGUGGAGCCAUUUUGGGGGUACCUACUGGGCGUGAAGGAGCUGCUUUUAGAGAAACUCCU